AUGCAUCACCAGCUGGCCGCCCACGGGCGAAGCAACAACGGCAAAGCAGGUGCGGAAGGGAAGAGAACCACACACACCGACACAUUACUACGCAUACACGCGCACAUCCCACCAUCGCUCUGUGCCUCAGCGGCCCGUUUGCUAUUUCUGUCCCUUCCUUGUUUUCCUCCAAACCCCCCCCCCCCCCUCCUUCGCGUGCCGUGUAUCGAAGCUCUUCCCGCUAUCUUUAUCCAAAAGCAGAGGCGCGGCCGCGGCCGGAACUGCAACGUUGUGGAGGGGGAGGGCGAGAGGGGGGCAGCCAAAUCCCGGUCGCCAAGUCGCGGACGAUCAGGUUGCAGCACAAGCGAGGGCGAGGGGCCGAGAAACGUGCAGGAAGGCAUCUCAUCUGCCACAAGGAAGAGUGCGAGGCUUGGGGAAGGGGAGACUGCUGCUGCUGCACACCGAGGCUGGCUCAAGAAAUUUCCAGAGCUACUCCGUACAACGGCGCAACAGCAACAGAUGGUCUUAUUUGGCAGCUCCCCCAUCCCAAUUCGGAGCCAGGUGUGCGCCCCCUUCGCCCCUCCUGGGCCUAUCGAGGCAACCUUGGGCGGCCGUCUUUGGCGGCCAUAUUCAUGCAUCUCGUUUGCCCAUGUAAGAGUACUUUGCAAUGGAAGCAAGGCAAACACCGUGACCGCCGCCAGCUAUUUUGGAGGGGGCAUCUCUUGUGAAUCCUCCUGCGGCCGUAUCUCUUCGCCAGCUGAGCUGUCGGUUUGCCUGAUAGAAAUUCUUCGCGGAACCUCCCGGUACCGGGCUGGCAAAUCAUGGCUCAAGUUUGUUGCUUGUAAAUGA